UAAUGGCUGUUUGUUGAUGCCAGUGGAAUCCGCCGAGGAUUGAUUCAAAACGGGUGGGACAAGCUGGUUAGCUGGUCGGAUUAGAGGGAGGGUGAAUUAUAAGGGGAGGCUCGGUGCUCGUUUAGCCCCGGGCACCUGUCGCGAGUUGUGGAGUUGUUUCGAGCGUGGCGGCGGCGAGGCGCUUCGUGCCACACAUCGCACAUGGUACCUAACUCAUAACACCGUUCUGUCUGCUCUUACCUUUCCAGAUUCAGAUGGCGCGAUGAACCACCACGGCGACAUCCUCGCCGCAGACUCCACGAGAGACAUCUGCUCUGGGAUCCAGAGAAAAAGGGAGCGCGGGGCCCUGUCCGACUGCAGCCUGGUGGGUGCGGGCGUCGGCGCCGUCACCGGGAUGCCGCUGAGCCGGGAGGAGCGCCGGCGUCGGCGCCGCGCCACGCUCAAGUAUCGGACGGCGCACGCCACGAGGGAGCGCGUGCGCGUGGAGGCCUUCAACGUGGCGUUCAGCGACCUGCGCCGCCUGCUGCCCACGCUGCCGCCCGACAAGAAGCUCUCCAAGAUCGAGAUCCUCCGCCUGGCUAUCUGCUACAUUGCCUACCUCAACCAUGUGCUGGAAGCAUGACCCACGCCCGACGCCCCGCCGCCGAUGUCCUUCGAGGACUACGGCGGGGGCGUCGACGCCUACAUGUACUAGGGCGGCUGGGAGCCUCCUCCGCCCUCCCCCCGGUGGUGCCCCGCUCUGCGUCACCGGAUGCACGCACUUACUUAGGUGAGCGGUACGCAGCCUGUUGUGAUCACAGAACACGAAAUCCCACGAGAAGGAGACACUUUUCUCUUAGAUUUUAUACAAUUUGAUCGUGGAAAAUGACAUGGCAUAUGGACAACCUUUUACCCACCGUUACGUUUACGUGAUUCUGCAAGUGUGGGAGUCAGUGUGGCCUGCCCACCGGGGGUUUACCUAGCACCUUCGCAGCGCUCUGAGAGUGUGGUCCCACUCUACAAACAAUGCACGUGCACCUCCCUGGCCAGAAAGUGCGAAAGUAUCUGUCUCAAACUCAGUUGAAUCCAAGUUGAAAAUGCAGACUUCAGCAGGCUUCAGUUACUGUACAUAUUGAAUGGACAAAGAAGUAUAAGACGUGAAACUAUCUGUGAACAAAGUGAACCAGCACUACCAUCAGCGAGAAUAAUUAUGUACAGAAAUACUCAGCAGUAUUAGUUAUAGGGCUGUACUGUGACUAAUACCUAUGUAUAACUAUGUAUAAU